GUGAAAACUCCGCAAACCUACCUUAUUGCUGGUUGUCUACUUAUCCCAGCUAUUACAGGCUACGUUCUAGCAAUAUGCUGUACUGCAAUUUCAAUGUCUAAUAGUUAUUAUAUUUUUAUUUUUAAGCAUUUAACUGCUUAAUAUUUAAAUCUAAUGAAAAUGUUACUAGAAAGAAAUUCCACUCAGAAUUUCCCGUCUGAAAUCUGGACGGGGGGGAAUUUUUUCUAAUAAUAUUUCUUUAGACUUGAAGUUGUAAAAUACGCCUAUUUUAUUAGCGAUACUAUAAAAAAAUAUUUUGGCUAAACAAUUCAGAUAGUUGAUUAUAUUAUUAUUUAUUUAUUUAAAUGUCAUUUCGCUAACCCAAUUUUACUUGAUGUUAUUUGUUAGACGCUACGUAUUUCUUUCGUUCCCAGUCUAGUAUAUAGUAUCUAUUAUAUUGCAGUAUAUAUUGCAGUUCAUCAUCAGCUUUUGAGUCCCCACUGCUGGAGCAUAUACCUACCCUAUGUAAAGAAUAGGAAGAAUGACAUGACUCACCGCAUGAACCCUCAGCGAAUUCUUGGUUGCUAACGACUUUAGAUGCAGCCAGGACCAACUGCUUAACGUGCCGUCCGAAGGCCGGGAGAACUCGAGAUAAUGAGUUUUUUUGGUCACCUAUCCUAAGAUCAGCAAUUGCGGAAUUUGCUUAACUUCCACGAUCGCAGACCGAACGCGCUAACCACUACGUCACACAGUGUUUUAAGAACCUCGAUUUUGUGACAUGCCCUUUUUAUCACGAAUUCCUAUAAAUUAAGCUUUUAUAAACACUGGAAAAAUACUGAAAAAUUACUACGCCUCGUAGUUUUCGAGAAAAAAAAACAAAGUUGACCUAUUUUAGAACUAGGAAUUUAAAAAAAAUCCUCUGGCUCCUCUAUUAUUCAUAUUGUUUUAGUUUUGGUUAAAGGUUUAUAUAUAGCUUUGUAUUAUACAUCUUUUCACAAAUUUUGAGCCUUCUAAAGCAAACCGUAUAGACCAUAUGACCUUUUUCUUAAUUUUCGAUGUCAUUUUUAUUCUUAAGAAUAACGGCGUAUUCGGAUAAUAUUUAUCCCACCAAAAACAUUCUGUAAAAAACUAGCCAAGUCUCGAUGGAGCUGCUUGUUUAUCUCUAAAAUGUAAUGAAAUCUAGAGAAAGUCGUGCCAAGUCUAAGGUUCCUUACUGCGAUUUCUUUAUUAUUAUAGUUAAUGUUUUGUGACUUGGCCGUUGAAGGGUAUUUGUUACUUUGGCAGUGGUAUUUGUUGUAUAUUGCAUGAACAAUUAUACAAUAUUGUGGAGUGACGAUGAAAAUAAUCUUUUUGCUACUACAUUUGUUCCGCUGCAGCUUGUGUUAAAUGAAAGGGAUGUUGUUUGGUCUAAUCCAUCUCCACAAUCACAUAGAUACUGCAGACCUAUUCAUAUUCAAUAUAGAAAAGAGAACAAAGACGAAUUAAUUCUAGCAGAAAAAGAAUUAAUUGAAAAUCAAAUAUCUAAUUUGCAACUGCAAGGCAAAACCUCACAAGGUCAUAAUAUUCCUGUAAGUUGUGAACUAUAUUAUCCAGCUAUUGACAGAAAAGUCCUUAACAUUUUAUUAAAUACGUCAUCCCAAAUGGGUUCCCGUAUUGUGGCUUAACAUAGACCACCUUCAAUAACUUGGGCCAGGCAUUUUCUAAGCCAUUAAAUCGAGAGCUUUUGAUUAACGGCUUAAGUCCGCUUCAUUUUUGUAUACGAGUGCUAGAAUUUCUCUUACAACUUGGCUAUAAAAUGGAUGUAAAAAAAUGGCAUAUCCCACACAAUUCUAUAGAUUAUGUCAAAGUCAAAUGAAGAGCGCAAAAAAAAUAUUCAAAAUGAAGUGAGAAAGCAGAUGGGUUUACUGGUCGACGUAGUGCGCCCCAAUUCGGGUACAACAAAUGAUGGCAAUACAGCACGAAUGGCUUUGUCAGACAAGUUCCGCCAAAAAUUUUCCCAAAUCCUGGGGAUCGAACAAUGGCUGUUGGAUGAUCUCCACACAUUAUGUAUUGUUUUGUCUAGCAAUCAUGCAAUUGAUUCCAACCGGUUUAGGGAUUUUUGUAAAAAUCUGGCUUAUAAGUAUGUCGCUAACUAUAAUUGGUGUCCGAUGAUCGUAACGUUGCACAAAGUUUUAAUUCGUGGUGCCGAUAUUAUCAAAUCAGCCACUAUACCUAUAGGGGUGCUUUCGAAGCAGGAUGCCGAGAUCCGAAAUAAAUAUUGGCGGAACGAUAGGGAGCAGCAUACCCGAAAAAUGAGCCGUAAAUUUGUUAAAUAGAGCGCUGGAAACAUCGGACCCUGUUUUAUCAAACAUUCGAAUGCAAGAGAGAAAAACUAAUCAAAACUUAACACCAUUACCAUCUGCAAUAAUUUCUUUAUUAAAAGUGACAGAUCCAAGUGACGCAGUAAGGGAUAUUGAUUUUGAGGACUACGUCGAUUCUUUCGUUAUAAAUGCAGAAAUAAAUGAUUCAUUGUAAAUAUUUAUUUAUGAGAAGUAAUUUAUAUUUCAAUUUCAUAAUUAAAUGGCCGGAAUAAAAUUUUUGCCAACCCUGAAAAAAAAAUUUUUAGCUCAUAACUUCUACAUAACGUGGUAUUCGGUUGCAAAAAAAAAUACUGUAUAUAGGGACAACAAAGCUCAAUAUUUUAGUGAAUAAAAUUUAUCCGAAUACGCCGUUAUACUAAAGAAAAAAAAAAUAUAAAUGAAAACUUGAAAAAUAAAACAUAUCGUCUAUACGAUUUACUUUAGAAGGCUUAAAUUUUAUGGGAAAAUCUAUUGUACAAAGCCACAUAAUAUACAUUUAAUCAAAACAAAAAAAAACAUGUUGAAUAGAAGAGUAAUUUUGUUUUUUUUGAAAAUUCCGUGUCGAAAAAAGGGUUAACUUUGAAUUUUUUUUUUCUCGAAAACUACGUAUCGUAGUACUAUAAUAGCUUAAUCUAUAGAAAGGACACUGGCGAAAUAUUUGUGAUAAAAAGGGCAUGUCACAAAAUCGAGGUUGUUAAAACACUGUGCGUCAUAGAGUUUCGCAUUGCAGUUAUU